AUGACUUGCUCACUCGGUGGAAUCGGAUCAUGUAAAGGAGUCAUCCAUGCCAAGACGGCUCACAAAGUAUGGCAGGAUCUUAAAGAUCAAUUUUCUCAAAAGAAUGCACCAACAAUAUAUCAGAUUCAAAAAUCAUUAGCUUCACUCUCACAAGGUAACAUGAAUAUUUCUUCCUAUUUCACAAAACUCAAAGGUCUUUGGGAUGAGUUAGAUACAUUUCGAACAUUUCCCUCUUGCAAUCAAAUUAAAGCACACACCGAUCAAAUUGAAGAAGACCGUGUAAUGCAAUUUCUAAUGGGUGUUAAUGAUAUCUAUAAUGUUGUUCGAUCUAAUAUUCUCAUGAUGUCUCCCCUACCUAAUGUACGCCAAGCAUAUUCACUUGUUAUUCAAGAGGAAACACAGAGACAAAUGACGUUGAAAUCAAUAGAAAGUUUCUCUAUUGCGGCUGCAGUUCAAAGGCGUACCAAUAGUUUUUUCAACAAAUCCAAGGAUAACAUUGUGAGCAUUGCAAUCGAGAAGGACACACAAUUGAGAAUUAACGCACUCUAA